AUGACUAGCUCAGAACCAGAUUGUAUCAGAAGAUGUGGCUGCGAACCUCUAGGAACUCUUGCAUAAAUCUAAAAAUGUCAAGCUAAUUGCGAUUCUUAUGGAUUUGAGCCUAUUUGCAAGGAAAGCUGCAACAAUAUCUAUAGACAUGCUUCAAACGCUUCAGCCACAUCAAACUUUACACAGUAUCUACCUCCUCAGGCAUUAAAAUUCUUGAUUUAGAGUAAUGUCAUAGAAAUAGAGAACAAAGAACCACUCUUUGAAGCUAAUCAAAGCUUUGAAUAUCUAUACAUCAUGAAUGUCGUGGUUUUCAUAAUUGCAGGCAUCUCAAUCACUGCUUAUCUAUCAAAGAAAGUCUAUGAUAAGUAUCUAGAAUCUCAGGAAAUCGAUUGCGACUUUAUGUUUUACUAGAAACUUGAAGCCAAAACAGGGUUAUAAACCUAACCAAAAAGUUAAUAUUCGCUCUUGUGA